AUGGCAGCAGCCUAUCGCGUAGUGGUGAGCAGUGUGAGCUGCUACAACAGCGUGGUAGUGGACCGGCGAACUCACUCCCAUGCUGUGCACUACUGCUCGGGGCCAUGUGGGGCGCUGUCCCAGGGUCUGGACUGUACUGUCGCGCACCGCGGCACCUGCUCCGAGCUGCUUGUCGCGCCAGACCCCGUUUACACUGACACGAACAGUUCACCCAUACACUCCCGUAACAUGAUCACUCAGCAGCUUCCUAACCAUUGUAAAAUUAGUGUUGCCAUGGAUACUAGUUAUAAUGGUGGUCUAGAAAGGGCGGGCAGCAGUGGGAAUCUGUCCGUAGGGGAAGACAGCCCCACGUGGCGAGGUAAGAAGACCCCAAGUUGCGGAGGAUCGACUGGGAACCUGAGCUCCUCUAGCAGUCUAAAGGACAUAACCGAAGAGGCCAUCAACCUGGCCAGUGGUAAGCUCAAAGAGUUUUCUUUCGACAAGCUCCGCCUGUCCUCCUCCAGCCACGUCACCUUCCGGAAAGGUCGUAAAGUCCGUCCCGACUCUUUUAGCCGACGCUCCACUGACCUGGAGAUCAUCUACGGUCACUUCAGCUCUAACAUCACCACUAAUGGAACGACUAAUGGCAUGACGAAUGGCACGGCUACUUCUAAUGAUGAGAACAUGCCGCCGUUUGUGCUGGGGAAAGGGGCAGGGCUGGAGGAGACAAAGCUAAAGGGCAACUCGGGCACCUUGUCAGCCAUCACCAAAGUUGGUGGCGGCUCGACAAGCAGCCUAACAAGCAUUAGCUCAUUAGACCAAAGUCUGAACACGGUGGCUUCCCUGUACCGCAGCACCCUGGGGGAUGAGAACCUGAUUGCCCGUUUGCUGGAGAAGACACGAGCGGAGGCAGGCAGCGGGGGAGCAGGCGGGGAGGACAUCCGUGCCUGCCUUGACAUCCUGCUUAAAUGUUCUGAAGACCUUAAAAAAUGCACUGACAUCAUCAAGCAGUGCAUCAAACGCAAAGCCGGUGGAGGCCCGGAGGAUGGAGGCGCCAGUCCUGACAGCAUGUAUCGGGCUGUGAUGACCCGACUCAGCUCCUAUCUGAAAAGACUUCCCCUGGAGUUGGAAGGGAUUGGAGGCUUGGGAGGCAGUGGGCAGGGUGCACCCGGAAGCGGGCACAGUGAUUUGGCUGAGCUGGUCAACACUCUUCACUCCAUCCAACAGGGACCUUACUCUCCAAUAUUUGGCAAUGAGCAACCUCCUCGCUACGAGGAUGUGGUGCAGUCCCCUCCCAUCCCAAAGACUCUUCCUCACUCUGCAUCUUCUACUCUCUCCUCUGUUUCAUCCUCCUCUUCUUUGAAAUCAGACUCCAUCCAUAAUAUACCAGCCCAAAGCUCCCCAUCCAGAACCAGUUCCCUCACCAAUGGACUACAGCAUCCACAUUCUUCUUCUAUCACACAACACGCACUCUCUCUCCCGUCUAUCACCUGCUCUCCAUCCGGCUCCUCUCCAUCACAGUCUCCCUCCCCUCUUCACACUUCCCCGACCCCACCGUACACACACACUCCUCCGGCGUCCCCUAUGGAGGCUCUUUAUAUUGAGGAGGAGGAAGCAGAUGUGGGCAGGGCACCAGAACAAAUCUCACAACAGACACUCACUCCAAGCAGAGGGGUAAACACUAUCCACAACAAAAACGGGACUGUGUUAAGUCAGCACAUGCACCUAUCCCAAGGGCACACACUUCAUAACUCUUCAAAUGCGUCGCCAGCCAGCACUGGCUACAGCCCCACUUGGCCUUCCUCUGCCUCACUAACGGUCUCAGCACCCAAGGCUGUCUCACACAGGAAUGAUGACAUCGACAAGCUGCUGAUGGACUUGGAGAAUCUGUCUCAGAGUAUGAGCCACCCCAGAAACACUGAGCCUCCACUUCCAGCCAAGACCAGGAAGAGGGAGGGGGGCCAGGGGAUCACCCCCAAAGAGGCCUUCACCCAGCCCAAAAUGGCCCACUUCCAAGUCCAGAAGCCAGCUAGCCACAUAGCCAUGAAUGGCCCUAGCUCCAGGACUCCCCCGAGUCUGACUCCUCCCCAGGGAGAGAACAGUGAAGCUUCGUUAGGAGAGGAGGAGGAUGGGGCCCUUCUGCUGAGGAUCCUGGAGAGCAUCGAGAGUUUUGCACAGGAACUGGUGGAUUCUGGGGCAGGAAGCUCAGGGAGCGCUGAGCGGAAAUGUGGGAAGGAGCGGGAGGUGAUGAGGCUCCUGCAGGAUACACUGGCCACCACCGGCAGGGCUGAUACCCCUCUGGAGAGCACAAACCCACCAGCUGCUGCUCCCGCUGCUCCACCCAUCCACAUAAACACAGCCCCAGCCAUACCAAACCACUCCCUUGCAAACACACUUACAGUUUCACCUGCGCCGACACCUAUACCUGCAACACCCGAGGCUGUGUGCAAUGCCACAUCCGAAACUGCGCCUAAACCAACACCUGACGUAGCCCCCAAACCUCUGCCCACACCCGUACCCGAGCCUACAACUGAAGUCACGGAUGAAGUUACAGAAGCUUCUGCAGGUGACACCCCUGCUCCUGCACCACCUGCACCUGCAACGUCGCAUUCCACCGCACAUUCAGCCGACCUUACACCCGUGGCCGCGCCUGAAGCCCCGGCCGCUGUUGCCACCCCGGCCGCAGUAGCUGCAAGAGACGCUGCCGUUGCUGUCGGCGACCCUGCUGCUGUGCGAGACACUGGAUCAACUCUACUCAUCCAGCAGACUCCAGAGGUGAUCCGAUGUGAAAAGAGUUUCCCAAUGUUCUAG